ACCGAGUAACCCUACUACAUACGCCGCUCGUGCAUCUCAGCUGGGCGCUAACCUACGAUCGUCCUUUCAGCUCCUUAUCGACAAAUUCAUAAAUACGUAGAUCAAACAUCGUUUACUCUUCCUUUUACGCCCCUUGCCGCCUUUAAGAGAACUCGUCAUCAUGUCCGAAAGAAGAACCAGGCGGCAGGCCGCUCUGGCAGCUGCCGCAGUCGCAAACGAUACUCCUACGAAAUCCAACAACAACGACGAUGUCACCAUGAAUGGGAAAGAUGUUAGCAAUGAUGGGAAUGGCCUAGCUGUUGCGCCUUCGGAGUCUAAAGUUGAUAACUCUCCUCGGGAGAACAUAUUCGUAUUUUGGCCUAAUAUCAUAGGUUACUCUCGCAUUGUUCUCGCUAUCGCAUCUCUAUACUAUAUGCCCUUGCACCCUCGAACAUGCUCGAUACUUUAUAGUAUCUCAUGUCUUCUCGAUGCCCUCGAUGGCUAUGCAGCUCGCUAUUUCGAGCAGUCCACCAAGUUUGGCGCCGUCCUUGACAUGGUAACAGAUCGAUGCACCACAUCGUGCUUACUCGUCUUCUUAUCCUCCGCGUUCCCGCGAUGGGCUAUCGUAUUCCAAGGGUUGAUUUCCGUAGACUUUGCAAGCCACUACACACACAUGUAUGCGACUCUUGCUAUGGGAGGCUCAGAUUCCAGCCAUAAGAAUGUGGACAAGUCGAGGAGUUGGUUGUUGAACCUAUACUAUACCAACAAGACUGUUCUCUUCAUAUGCUGCGCACUAAAUGAAGUUUUCUUCAUUGCUCUAUAUCUACUCUCCUUCUCGUCACCGCUUCUAUCACCACAGCUACUUGAGCCCCUCGGUGAGACCAGAGCUAAUGCCAUCCAAACCGGGGCGCAAGUAAACAGCUCGGUACUCCGCCAGCUAUUUACCAACCCUUAUAGCGCCGGUGCUUUGGAGAUGGCACGUGCAAACAAGAUGGAUUCCACGUUCCCCUGGAUUCUCGCCGGGGUUAGUGCUCCAAUCAUGGCACUGAAGCAAUUCCUCAACGUCGUUCAACUCGUCAAGGCGAGCCGAUGGCUAGGCGAAGGCGAUGUUGAAGCGAGAAAAAAGGCCGGUCUGCCAAGGAGGAAGAACGAAUAAGAUGACAUAUUCACAAGGCUGUGAAGCUUAAAUGUGAUGAGAGGGCUGCUGGCGAUAGCGGCGGAUUAGGACCUCGGGAUGAACCUGAAGACGACAAAAAUACGGUGUGGGUCUGUACGAGAUGUCCUGUUUACGGAAGGCGUGAGGCAUCGGACGGGCCUGAAUGGUUUGUCCCAAUCGGUUGCAUGGGCUCGGGCAUGGAAGGCAUUAGAAAUGGGAUUGGCUCAACAAUGGGUUUGCGUGCUACCCUACC